AUGAUAGACCUCGUCCGUGGUGUUCAGCAUAUGCAGGUAGAGCUUUUCAAGAUCCCUGGGCAGCAGAAGAAGUCUCCGUUGCAAGUUGGACAAUCGAUCUGCGUUCGUAAGUCCCUGGAGAAGCGAUCGGACGACGAGGAAAACCCAGAGGAAAACACCGUCAGCGGCUUCUGCUAUCUCGUCGACCAAUGUUUCACACCGUGGUUCGCUCUCCGCCAGUUUCUGGAAUUUGGGAUUCUGGCCCAACCUUUCCCGAGUGAAAAGACGAAUGUCGCCGUCCGUGAGAUGUUCGAGCCUCAACCGCUGGCUGACGAGAUGACUAAAAGCAGCUUGAAAGACGUUCCAGGGACGACUAGAGACGCAUAUUUUCACAUGCCGAGACUCUGCGACGGCUUGCAAAAUACCAAUGAUCUCUUCGUAGUCUUCGUCGUGCUCUCCUGA